AUGACGUCCUGGCUCCCCUCCUUCCUCUCGGGCGGACCAGCCCAGCCGGCACGAGUGCCCACGGACAAGGUGGUGCCCGUGGGCUACUUUGACGACACAAUCAUCUUCCGGACGUACACAAUCUACGUCAUGCUCGUGUACGACGAGGUUCUCGACGUGGACCAGCUGCACAGCGGGAUGACGAGGCUUGUCUCAGAGCGCAAAGGGUGGGACAAGCUGGGGGCGAGGUUCCGGAGGAGUGCCGACGGGAAAUCCUUGGAACACCACAUCCCCACGACAUUCUCGGCUUCCAGGCGAGCGGUAGACUUCACCUCGGCCGACCACAGUGACACCAAGAUUGACGACCACCCGGUGGCCAGCAAGCUGCCGCGCCCAUCCCCCUCGGCGUCGACACCGUCGGUCAUCUGCGACCCGGACGACUUCAAGAGCCUCAUCUACGCGCCGGGGGUUCCGAUCUGGGCGAGCGACUACCUGUACUCGGACCGGCCGCAGUUCGGCCUGCGCGUCGUCUCGUUCCGGGACUCGACGGUCGUGGUCGUGCACUGGCUGCACGUCGCCAUGGACAGCAUCGGGCUCGGCAGCGUGCUGCGGGCGUGGAGGCUCAUGCUCGAAGGGCGGGAGGACGAGAUCCCCGAGCCCUUACCCGCCGACGAGUACCCGCUGGCUGAGUACGGCCUGGCGCCCAAGGAGAAGCACCUGCUCGAGGACGUGCACCUCAAGAUGUCGGGCGUGCUGGCGUGGGUGGCGCGCAACCUCUGGAUGCUGGCGGUCACGCCCAAGGAGUGCGGGAUGUUGUGCAUCCCGGCCAAGUUCUGGAAGAAGCUGCGCGAGCAGGCGCUCGCCGACCUGGCCAAGAGUGGCGGUGGGGAUGGGGGUUGGGUAUCGGAGGGCGAUGUGCUGCUCGCGUGGUUCAGCCGGCUCGCGCUCGCGCACUACGACAAGGACAGCGCGGCGGCCCUGGCACCUGUCAACAUCCAGCAGGUCGUCGAGGUCCGGGGCCGCAUGCCCGAGCGGUUCCCGCCGAACCGGCCGUACCUGGGCAAUGCGAUAGCGUUCAUGAUCCAGCUCAUGCCGAUCCGGGACGCCCUCACCACACCCAUCAGCCAGGUCGCCGGGGCGAUCCGGAAGGCCUUGGUGACGCAGUCGACGCCCGAGCAGUGCGAGGCGUAUGGAGCCCUGGUGAGGCAGGACCCGGUGAACCGCGCCCCGCCGUUCUUUGGGGAGAGCAGGAUGCACUUGCUCUUGUACACCAACUGGUGCAAGGCGAAGCUGUACGACACGGACCUUGGGGCUGCUGUCAAGGGCGGUGACGGCAGCAGUAGUGGCAAGAAAAAGGCCGCUCCGCCAAGAUACAUCCAGACGAACCAAGGUCCUUACGACUUCCCAGACGGCAUCUUUGUCGUAGGCAAGGACGCACACGAGAACUACUGGAUAAGCGCGUACCGCCCCAAGGGGCUUUGGGGUGUGGUGGCGAAGGUGAUUCGCGAGGAGUGGAGUAGUGAGUAG